AUGGGGGAGGGGGUGAGGACGUUCGGCUUACGCGAUGAUGGCAAUAUUGACCCGAUCUGGGCCUUCAUCCUCGCCCGUCGGCGUGAUGGUGUAAUCAAAGUUCUACACCAGAUCACCGUAUGGGUGACUGCCCUCCUAGAGUUGAAGGCGGCAAAGCUUCAGCAAACGGUGAAAGCGCCGUUGCUCUCCCUUACAGAGGCUCUUUUUGCACACUAA